GUUACAUUAGCCGCAAAUAGUGAUGCUGAAUAAAUCGCGGCAUUCCAUCCACACCGUAUCUCUUCUCGGGGUCCGUUCAGCCUAAAUGGGCAUGUAUGCCAUCGACCGUCCACCCUUACUGUGGAUCCAUCAGGGAUGCGUGCGUCUUGAUUCGGUGAUAUGUCUGCCCUAAUGUUCGCUCAGCAAGCUGGUCUCAUCCCUAGACUUAGCCUGUCCCUUUCCAUUUCCGCAUGCCCACUACUGACUACCCAUUCAAUCCCCAUAUUGAUAGUGGUUAAGUCACCUACCACGGGAAUCCUUCUCGCUACAGUUGGCAUCCUUGUCUCCAUACAGGGGUUUGUUCAAGUCUAUGUCCACCUACGACAUCCCACCUUCCAACAUCACCAACUGAAGAUAUUCUGUUUCAUGUUUGCUGGUACUUCAACGGUAGCAAACUUAGCCUUCUGUCUUAUUGGGACCCUAAUGUGCACAUCAACCAGGCAUCUGUUUUUCUUCUGUUCAUCUCUUUUGACUACGUUGGUAUCGCUUCGUUCCAUUGGGUGACUAGUGCGAUAUACCAUCGUUCAAAAGUCGAGUUUCUGCCAUGGGUUCUCACUGGUAUAGCCUCAAUCAGUUACCUGGUUACCGCGGUCGCUUUUGUGUUCGAUUGCUGGCUAUUGUCAGUUAGGCUAAGUAUAUCUGGCCUUCACGCCCGAAGCAGAUUAGUGCAGUUACAAGUUGUUUUGAUUAUUGAGUGCAAAAAAGAAUAUCGCUUAGCCUCUCUAAUAUGCAUCUUCUCUCUCACGUAGAUUCACACACCGGGCGAUCUUGUGGCGACUUCGCAGUGCGAAGGGUGCCAUUUUGAACGAUGGAAGAGACAUCCCGGAAGAUGAAUUUAUUCAAUGGAUCAGAUGUAACCAGCCUGCAGGACAACAAAAUGCAAGGCGUGAAA